CCCAAGCUUCUGUCGACGCCACUCCUGGCCCCUCUGCACCACCCUCGUUUCGCCCCUCUGCAAGGAGAACCUCCUGUGCACAACCAGGCAUUCCCCCACCGGUACGGCCCUCCCCCCCGUCCUCAGCGUGAUUGAGGAAGCCCUGUCAACCGUUCCGACGAGCCCAACACAGUUCUUGUCCCGCCCGCUGUCUUCCGGCACGUUCUGUCUCGGCCCAAACCACCAAGGACUUCAUUUGUUGCUUGCAAUGAGGUCAACGAGGUCUGCCUGCUCGGCCCCUCUGCCGUGUUGAGCGCAUUGUCAACGUCAUGUACGGCCCUCAAGACCCCAACGCUCACCCCUUCCUCGCGGCCAUCAGCAUCCCGGCCAACCUGCAGUUGCAGUUUCCACAACCGCAGGACGCCACACACACAGUGAUGCGCGGCGUCCAUGCUGCCAACAGCUAUGACAGCAACGCUGCCGCUGCUGUUGGGGCUUGUGGCAGGCUCCAGCCGGACCCGAUGAUCUUCCGACCGAGCACUGUGGACACACAUACGGAGGAGGGCAAUCACAUGUCGCCCCACUUCUGCAUCAAUGGGAAGAAACGUUCCAUCGCCAUCGCACAGCUGGACCCACCGAUCCCCGCCGAGGAGGCCGCCAAGGAGGAGGCCAAGCGGCGGGUGGUGAUGCCAAAGAAGGAGAGCAACAACAGCAAGGUCCCGGGCCGGGGGCGGGAUGCACAGCGGGUCCACGCGACGCGUUCUAGCGACCAGGGUGGUGUGUGUGUCGGUGAUGGGAUCGGGAUUGGGAUUGCCGUGUCGGACGGGAAGGGGAGUGGAGAGGGGGAUGAGGAUUGGGCUUUCUGUGGGCUGCAGCCGCACUGUCACGCGGCCGUUGAUGUGCCUGAGCUUGAGGCCGACCUGUACACUUCCUCAGUCGACGGAGUCUACUUCCAUCAGAACCAAAGGGUCAGUGAACAAUUCCAUGCCUCUGCGUGUGUGUCUGAAUUUAGUCCAAUGCAUUGAGUGCAGGAGUGGCGCGCCAAGUACAACCAGGACGGCCACCGCCGCAUGAAGACCUUCUCCGCCCGCAAGUUCGGUUUCCAGGCGGCGAAGGACCUGGCCGAGGCCUUCGCACACGAGCACCGCGUACCCACACGCACCAAGCCGCCAAGGGCAGCCACCGUCGCCCCCAGGAAGCAGCCACCGCCCCAUGCGCCACACCGGCGAUCAGAGAGUGUGAAGAGUGUGAAGGUGUCCGCCAGGUCGGUCCCUCCCCGGGAGCGUGAGGCCCGUCUGAGGGAGGCGAAGGGCUUUCUGGCGGACUGGGGAGUGGAUCCUCACGUAUGCGACGCACGGCUGGUGAGACACGAGACAGAAGAAGGAAACAGAGACGCGGCCCGUCACGUGUGUGCGGCUUUUGGUUGUGGGGUUCCAUCCCGUGCAGGCGUCGGGUUUGUUCCGCCGUCGUGUCGGUGUGGGUAACAUCGGGCAGUCGUUUGGCGAGAAGACACUACUGCGGUUCGACGUGAGUGAGCACUCAUAAACUCUACAGACAGACGCUCAUUCUUCAGCACAUACCUAACGAGGGAUGUGGAUGUUUGUGUGGCGUGAUGGAUCGAUCAGACUGAGCUAACUUUCCUGGAUGACUUAGAGGACGUGGUGCGUGCCAGUGAGGAGCAGCAGCUGCACCCGGCCACCACCGAGCCGCUCUGGGACGAAGAACCCGCCUCACACAAUGGCAUGCAACUGCACACAGACACAGACACUUAAUUAAUCCACCCACAGGCGUUCAUUCGCCAUGUCUCUCCCUCCUCUGUGUGUGUGUGUGUGUGUGUCUGCAGGGGUGUCGCCCUCCUCAGAGGAGCAUGGGCAUGAUGACGGCGUCUCCUCCACCAAGAUCUCCACCAAGACCCACCAGACGUCGCUGCCCAUGGCACCUGAGCCAUCCAAGCCACAGAUUGUCUCAUCCUCACCAUUCGCGCCGCCGCAAGACUUCUUCGGCCUCCCUCACACCAACUACCGUCAGCAGCACCACCAGCAGCAGCGGCAGGAGCAGCAGGAGCAGAAGGGCCGUGUGGGCAAGAGCAAAGGCAAAGGCAAGGGCAAGAAGCGGGCGACGCAGAAGAAGUCGAAAAAGGGCGGAGGGGCUGACGAGGAUGUGCAUAUGGAGGAUGUGGGAACCCACACGAGUGUGCUGCCGCCCCCUCUGCCCCCUCUGCUCGCGCUGCCGGAGAGGCGGGAGGAGACGGGAGCACGGAAGCCGAACGACACGGCUGUGGGGCUGAAUCCUCCCCUGUCCGUCUCUCUCUCUCUCGGUAUGGCUGACCCCUUCGCUGCCUUCGCGUCGGCUGCUCUUUGCCAGGAGCCCCCAAAACACCACCACCACCACCAGCAAGACACCUCAGUUGCCCCACAUCAGCCCCUGGUGCAGAUGCAGAUGGUGUCGUCUUCCUCCUCUCACUCCGGCAUGCCGCACGUAUACGCGCAUCAAUAUCAUCCCUAUCACCCGGCCCCCCCCUUGUCGAUGUCUCCUGCGGACCCGUUCGCUGCCCUGUCGCCCUACUUCAUCGUCCCCAAGACACGCUGACUGACGGUUGCGGGCGGAGGGAGGAUGGUAUAUCGUGAGUGAGAGACGGGGGAGGCGGUG